AUCUGAUUACGAGCCGUCUCCCCCGCCAGAUCUUGGGUAACGUGAGGGCAGCAGCUGUUUCCGGUCACCGUCCACACUGGAGCUGUGAGCCCGGGAGAUGCACAGGCAGUGUUUGUGGAGCGAACGGAUGGGCAGGGGAGGCGUCCUCGGUGAGGAGGCCACAUGAGCGGAGCCCGGCAGGGUCCCAAGUGAUGGUGGUUUCCACGGAGGGCGAGCUGAGUCCUGUGCGACUGGUGGGCCCGGCGGAGCUGGCGGUGGCGCCUGCGGGCUGGCGGGCGUGAGCGUGGUCUCUCAGCAUCUCCCCGGGAGGAAGCAUGUCUAAGAAGGGCCGGAGCAAGGGCGACAAGCCCGAGAUGGAGGCGGACGCGGUGCAGGUGGCCAACGAGGAGCUGCGGGCCAAGCUGACCAGCAUUCAGAUCGAGUUCCAGCAGGAAAAGAGCAAGGUGGGCAAACUGCGUGAGCGGCUGCAGGAGGCCAAGCUGGAGCGCGAGCAGGAGCAGCGGCGGCACACGGCCUACCUCUCGGCGCUCAGGGCCAAGCUGCACGAGGAGAAGACCAAGGAGCUGCAGGCGCUGCGCGAGUCGCUCAUCCGCCAGCACGAGCAGGAGGCGGCGCGCACGGCCAAGAUCAAGGAGGGCGAGCUGCAGCGGCUGCAGGCCACGCUAAACGUGCUGCGCGACGGCGCGGCCGACAAGGUGAAGACAGCGCUGCUGGCUGAAGCGCGCGAGGAGGCGCGCAGGAGCUUCGAUGGUGAGCGCCUGCGGCUGCAGCAGGAGGUGCUGGAGCAGAAGGCGGCGCGCAAGCAGGCGGAGGAGGCGCUCAGCCACUGCGUGCAGGCCGACAAGGCCAAGGCGGCCGACCUGCGCGCCGCCUACCAGGAGCACCAGGAUGAGGUGCACCGCAUCAAGCGCGAGUGCGAGCGAGACAUCCGCAGGCUGAUGGAUGAGAUCAAAGGGAAAGACCGGGUGAUCCUGGCCCUGGAGAAGGAGCUGGGCGUGCAGGCCGGCCAGACCCAGCGGCUGCUGCUGCAGAAGGAGGCGCUGGACGAGCAGCUGGUUCAGGUCAAAGAGGCCGAGCGGCACCACAGCAGCCCCAAGAGGGAGCUGCCGCCCGGCAUCGGGGACAUGGCGGAGCUCCUGGGCGCCCAGGAUCAACACAUGGAUGAGCGAGACGUGAGGCGGUUUCAACUGAAAAUUGCGGAACUGAACUCGGUGAUCCGGAAGCUGGAAGACAGAAACACCCUCCUGGCAGAUGAGAGGAAUGAACUGCUGAAACGCUCCCGCGAGACCGAGGUGCAGCUGAAGCCGCUGGUGGAGAAGAACAAGAGGAUGAGCAAGAAGAACGAGGACCUGCUGCAGAGCAUCCAGCGGAUGGAGGAGAAGCUCAAGAAGCUCACGAGGGAGAACGUGGAAAUGAAAGAGAAGCUGUCCGCGCAGGCGUCUCUGAAGCGGCACACUUCCCUGAACGACCUGAGCCUGACGCGGGACGAGCAGGAGAUCGAGUUCCUCCGGCUGCAGGUGCUGGAGCAGCAGCACGUCAUCGACGACCUCUCUCUGGAGAGAGAACGGCUCUUGCGCCCCAAGAGGCACCGCGGGAAAGGCCUGAAGCUGCCCAAGAAGCAUGUUGUGGAGACAUUUUUUGGAUUUGAUGAGGAGUCUGUGGACUCGGAAACCUUGUCGGAGACGUCCUGCAACACAGACAGGACGGACAGGGCCCCGGCCACCCCCGAGGAGGACCUGGACGACGUAAGCGAGCCUCGGGCCAGACACGGGGGUCAUGGCACUUCCGGCCCCUGCUCCCCACUGAGAGCUCUCACCCCAGGGGACCUGGGAUAUCACCUUCUGGCCUUUUCAUUCCAGACCCGGGAGCAGCUGCAAGCCGAUCUGCUGAGGUGUCAGGCCAAAAUCGAGGACUUGGAGAAGCUGCUGGCCGAGAGGGGUCAGGAUUCCCAGUGGGUGGAGGAGAAGCAGCUGCUCAUGAGAACCAACCAGGAGCUGCAGGAGAAGGUGUACCAGCUGGAGGUGGAAGCGCGCCAGCUGAAGAGCGACAUGCAGGACGCGCGGGACCAGAACGAGCUGCUCGAGUUCAGGGUGCUCGAGCUCGAAGUAAGGGACUCUCUCUGUUGUAAGCUCUCAAACGGCGCAGACAUUCUCUUUGAGCCCAAACUGAAAUUCCUGUAACGCUCCCGGACGCCCCGAGCAUGUGGAAAGGGGACGCGACCCAGUGGUUUCUUUCGUUUUUCUCUCCCUUUUAAACACCUGUAUGUUCAGAAUGAUUUCACUGCCUUAAUGUUCUGGAGGGAAUGCUCGCCGCAGUCCUGGGACCUGUACCAGAGCUCAUCUAUUUAUUGCCUACGGCUUGUUUUGCACUUAAUAAAAUAAUUUGUUUUUGCAAUA